AUGAAAGGAUAUGAGUUUUUGAGACUGAUAUAGGAAAUUGGAGUUAUUCUUAAUUUAUCAACUCCAACAAUCAGUCAUGUGAUUACUAUUUAUAAAAGAUUUACACUAAGCAACAAGAGAUAAUUUAAAAAGGAAAUGGUGAUCACAGCAUGUUUUUAUUUAGUGAGUAAAAUAGUGGAAGAUAUGAAAAGAAUUAGAGACAUUUUAGUUAUAAUUUGUGUAGUUAAUAAAAUGUACACAUUAGCAAAUCAAGAGAGAAAAUAGAAAUUAUAAGCUAAUAAUUAAGCUGAUUAUGAUGAAGAUCCAAUUAAAUAUUUAGGCAUAGAAUAAUACGAGAAUUACAAUAUUGAGUUUUUUGAUAAAUUUGUACCUUUAUUUAAUAAUGAAUAAUAUGCAGAAUGGAAAAGAGAAGUAUUGGAAGCAGAGUAACAUAUAUUAAGGAUAAUAAACUAUGAUUUAAAAAAUGAAACAUUGGAUAGCUACUAACUCUUAUUGAAUUAUUUAAAGAUCUUUCAAUUUGAAUAAGGUUUAAGAUAAAUGAUAUUUGAUAUAUUUCAGGAUACAUUCUUUGUUGACUUUUAGACAGACAUGACUUAAGUAGAUUGUGUCAAAGGUUCAAUUUAUUUGGGAAUUUAAUUUUUUAGAAUGCAUGCAGUGGAUAAAUAGAAAUUAUUGAAAUUAAAAGAAGAAUUUUGUUCAUAAAAAUGGUGGGAAGAAUUCAUGCAAAUCUCAUAUAAACAACUAUUAUUAUUUUAAAUCGACAUGUUACAAUAUUACAAUGCAUAAGAUUUUGUAUAAGCAUGA